AUCAAUUCCAAAGAUGUAUGCUAGUCUCAGUUGACAAUAUAGGAAUACAGCUAAGAAAGGUUGGGUCUGUUAGCUGCUAAUCCCCAUACAGAUGAAUGACAGGUUAAGGAGACUGCUUAGGGCCCAGAACUGCUGGGAUUAGGGUCAUUAUACCCAGACUAUUUUUAAAAAUUUGUCUGAUGUGCCGGCAAUACAUGGGAAACUUUGCUGUGUUUUAUACAAUAACCUUUAGAGGUAGGCAUUCACACAUAUGCAUCUCUGCUUGUCUAUAUUACUAAGACCUUCAAAGAAAGGCUUCUCUAGGCUACAGGCCAGAGCUAGUCACCUGGCAUAGCAGAGGAGAAUAUAAACUGUCUGAGCUACUAAAGACUGAGAGUGGGAAGAGAGUAGAUGGCAGCAGGAGCAGCAGUGCCUCAUCACCAUUCCCACACAGCCUAAUCCUCCUCCUCUUCAUGACACGGGGCUCAGCAGAUGAUGGAUGCAACGCCAUGAGACAACAUCCCCUGCAGUGGACGGGGAGGGAACGGGGAGCCUGACAUUGCCUUGGAGACCCUGAAGAGCCAUGACUUCAACUGUACAGACCUUGCGUUUCCCACUGCUGCCGCAUGUCCCAGGACAGGACAGGAUGCAUAGCUGUGAGGAAGAGAUUGAGCGUCGUUACCAAGUGGUGCCCUCGGUGGUCUGUGCCAUGUGCUGCCUCUUUGGGAUCAUCUACUGCUUCUUUGGGUACCGAUGCUUCAAGGCAGUGAUGUUCCUGACAGGACUGAUGUUUGGCUCAGUGAUCAUCUUCAUGCUGUGCUACAAGGAGCGGGUGUUGGACACUCAGCUGAGCGUAGAGGCCUCCAUGGGCAUCGGGCUGGGCAUUGGGGUGCUCUGUGGGCUGGUUACCAUGCUGGUGCGCAGCGUCGGGCUCUUCAUGGUUGGGCUGUUGCUGGGGCUGCUGGUGGCUGUGGCUGCACUGGUGGUGAUGGAGCAGUUCUACCACCCACCUACCGUCUGGAUCCCCAUCGGCUUGCUGCUGGGUGUGGGCAUGCUGUGUGCGGUGCUUACCUUGCAAUGGCAGCGCCUCUUCACCACACUGUCCACCGCUGUCUUUGGCAGCGCUGUCAUGACUGCCACUGCUGACUACUUUGUUGAGCUCUUCCUGCUGUUGCAGUAUGUUUAUGAGCGGGUCAAGGUAGCACCUGCCCGGCCCAUCUGCUGGUACAGCUGGGUCAUCCUGGGCACUUGGCCAGUCCUGGCAUUGUUGGGCGUCCUGGUGCAGUGGAAAGUCACAGCUGAGGGAUAUUCACACACUGAAGGUGAGCGCGGUGCUGCUGCGUGGGUCGGAGGGAGGCUGGAAGUGAGCAAAAGAGCAGCCAGGUGGAUAAGCUUAACUGCUAACUUGCACUGCUGCGGCAUAAAGUCCAGGAGUUAUAUGAUUAUCAGUCGGCAGCAGCGCCGUGUCCAGUUGAUGCGUAUCAAACAACGGGAAGAGCGCAAGGAGAGGAAGAAGAAGAGGCGGCCACACCCUCACCUGCAACACAAGGCUCAUCCACCAGAGCCUGCCUACCGCCGCAAGCCUAAUCCCGUGCGCCGAUUUGAUGGGGAUGUGCUCUCCCCGAGCUACAUACAGAGCUUCCGAGAGCGGCAGACGGGCUCCUCCCUCAACAGCCUUCUGGCCAAUGCUCACGCUGCCAUUGACAUAGACUAUGACUGUGGCUCCACCGUGCCCUUGACGACGGGCUCUGGCCCUGCCAUGCAGGUAUAGUCCAGUACCUCCCAUCAGGACACAUGGACACUGUCCCUGCGUGGUCACACAGGCCAGGCCAUGUGGAUUUAGCAUCUGUGUUCCCAUCAGGACUUGCAGAUACUCUUCUCUGGCCUGGACAUGCAGAUGUAGUCCAGUAUCUCUCAAGCUGCAAGUACAUGCGGAAUUCUCCCCAGCGCUACUUUGGCUCUGACUAAGCCGCCCUAAAACAAGGGGCAAGGAAAGAGUAUGAGCAGGUGCUUGGGGCAAAGGGCUGAAGAGAGACCUGGUUACUAACCCACCCAGGCCAGGAAUGUGGAAUGCAGGACUCAAGGGAAGGGUGGAUAUUGCCUCAUGAGACCAGAAAGGAAAGAGCCAAUCGCCUGCAUGAAAAUGGCAAGGAUGACUGUCAACAUUUCCCACCCACCACUGUUGGAGCAGCCCUUAGAUGGAGGAACCAAUGGGGUGUUCCUGCACUGUCAUCUUGCCACAUGACGGACCCAAUCCUUGUGUUGGAAUUUUGUUUUUAUGUGAACUGACCCCCACCCCACCCCCAGGACUGUCUCAGGGGCACAAGUGGUAGGAUUUGACUCAGUUCAGUCUAGUCUGGCUGGGACUAGCCAGCUCAGGGAAAUGGGUCCUCUGGCCCUGGGCCCCUUGCCCAUACCAGUGCCUGGCCUACUGUUUAAAUGGGCAGCUCAAGGAGGGAGGGGAGGAGGGUGGGGGUUGGCACCUGGGCUGGGCUAUGUUAACUGUUGAAGUGUGCGAGUAUGUGUGUGUGCGCGCUGGAGCAAGUAUGGGGCAUUGGGCUGGUAUCCAGGCAGUGAGCCUUUUUGAUACCACCCCCUGCUCCCUCCCCCUGCUCCUCAUUCUGGAGUGAGGGGAGGGGAGUGAGGGGAAUGGGGGGGGGAAACACCCAUGUACAUAUUCUUGUUGCAGUUAUUUGUAUUAAUUUAUUAUUGACAAAGAGCUGGGCCUCAAGAGCACUGAUGGACCCAAAGGGACCGAUAUAGAAAGGGGAAGAGGGUCCUGCAAUCCUCGUAGCUUUCCCCUCAGGCCCAUACCUGUGGUCACCCUUUUUUCCUAUCUAGUCUCACGGAGCUGAGGGAGGAGUGGGGUGGUGUCCCCCCUGCACAUGACUCAAAGUUUAUCAGCCUCCCCACCCAAUUUGGAGCCUGUCUCUUUGUUAUCUCUUGUGGAGGGCUGUGAAUUUCUCAGGGUCUCCAUCUUUGAUGGGACUGGAGCAGGGAAGAGUCACCAUCUGUUUCAGGAUGGGGGCAGGGUGGGGAUCCAGGGCAGCUCAGAAAGGCCUCUCCUCCAUGGAGACAUCGCAUGUUUCUCUCACCAGUUGCCAUUGUUGUCACCACAGAAACCUUGCACUCUUGUUUUUCUUUCUAUCCUCUCUCUUCAUAUAUGUGCCAAACGCUGCCGGGUUGCGGCUGCGCAAGUAAACAAAAAAAGCCUUUCA